AUUCACAUGCCACGAACUUUCUUUUCAAGCUGGACAUUAGCCGCGUGUGUACCGUACUAAAUUAAAAAAAACGAUUUUAAACAAUAAUUUUUAAAAAUGGCUUUUGGAGAUGUUAAAACUGAAAAAGGAUUAAAAGAAUUGAAUUCACAUUUAGCAGAUAGAAGUUACAUUGAUGGUUAUGUAGCCAGUCAAAACGAUUUAACAACAUUUGACAACUUGGGAAAAGCUCCACCAGCCAAUUUACCACACGUCUUAAGAUGGUACAAUCAUAUCAAAUCAUUCACACCAGCUGAAAAACAAACAUUUGGAGCUGCGGCAUGUCCACUUAAAGCCGGUGCAAAACCAACAACAACAGCACCACCCGCUAAAGAUGAUGAUGACGAUGAUGUCGAUCUCUUUGGUUCCGAUGAAGAAGAGGAUGCAGAAGCAGAACGUAUUCGUGAAGAGCGUUUAAAAGCAUACGCCGAAAAGAAAUCAAAGAAACCAGCAUUGAUUGCAAAAUCAUCGAUUGUUUUAGAUGUAAAACCGUGGGACGAUGAAACCGACAUGAAAGCUAUGGAAACACAAGUACGUACUAUUAUUAUGGAUGGAUUAGUUUGGGGCGCUUCAAAACUAGUACCAGUUGGUUAUGGUAUCAACAAAUUACAAAUUAUGUGUGUUGUUGAAGAUGAUAAAGUAUCCGUCGAUGAAUUGGUUGAGAAGAUUCAAGAUUUUGAAGAUUUUGUACAAUCUGUUGAUAUUGCUGCCUUUAACAAAAUCUAAAAUGGAUUUGCCUCUCUUCUGAUAUUUUCAAAAUGCAUAACAUUAAAUGUUUUUGCAUCAAUUUGUUUUUAAAAAUAAAAUAUUUUUCAUCUUAA